UGAGACGCCCAUUUCGGAAGGGAAGCGUAUGGAUGCAAAUUUUCCAUUUCCCCAAAACCUAUACUUAAAUGCUAAGCUUUCUCUGUGACACGAUAAAUAAAAGAAGAUACACUCCGAAAGCAGAAUCAAUGGGCCUCGUUCGCGACCGAUUAAAGUUCUCCUUCCGCCGCUCCUCAUCCCAAUCGCCACCACCGCCGCCGUUCACCACCAUCAAAUCGACGGAUCCGCCGCCGGAGUUCCUCUGCCCCAUCUCCGGCGCUCUCAUGGCCGAUCCCGUCAUCAUACCUUCCGGCGAGACUUUCGAGCGAGCUUGCAUCGAAGCUUGCAGAGAACUUUCCAUCUCCCCUAACUCUCUCUCCCUCGACCUGUCUUCUUCUUCUUCUUCCUUACUGCUCAUCCCCAACUCGGCCCUCCGCUCAGCCAUCCUCCGGUGGUGUGACAUCGCCGGCGUCCCCCAUCCCAUCCCUUUAUCUUCUGAAUUGGCCAGACGGCUUGUCUCAUCCACCAGUUCCAAGCUGCAGACAAACUGUUCGACCGAAUUCCUCAAUCAAAACAGUUCUCCCAUCACUUUUUCGUCUCCUUCUUCCUCCUCCUCUGACAACACCUCUUCAUCUUCCUCCACCGAAAUUGUUGCCCCGAAACCAGAAACCCCCGAGACUCCUCUCCACGCCGAUUCGUUCGAAGAGGAGAUCUUCGCGAAGCUGAAGCAUGCCCAAAUCCAGGAACAGGAGAACGCACUGAUCUCACUCCUCGAAGCUACGAGAGAGUCCUCUUCUCGGCGCGUCUCCCUAGGUACUCCUCGUCUGCUCGCUCAGCUCCGAGUCCUCCUACUUUCCCGCGACCGCGCUGUCAAAUCGAACACCCUCGCUAUCAUCGUCAACCUCUCUAUCGAGCCGGAAAACAAGAUCCGCGUCGUGCGCUCCGGCGUAGUGCCGGCCAUAGUUGACGCGCUCCAAUCUUCUUCAAGAGAGCAUGCCGCAGGGGCUUUGUUCAGCCUGGCCAUGGAGGAACAGAAUAGGAGUGCGAUUGGUGUUCUCGGAGCAGUUCCCCCUCUGCUCCACCUCUUCUGCAAUUCUAAGGGGGAUUUGCGAGCUAGAUUGGAGGCGGGAAUGGCGAUUCAUUAUUUAGGUUUGGCGGAGAUGAACAUGGCGAAGAUCGGGAGGAUUCCAGGGGCGGUGAAGUCGUUGAUGGUGGUGGCGAAGGGGGAGGAGAGGGAGUUGAGAAGGGUGGCGAUGAGAGUGAUGGUGGGAAUGGCGUGGAAUAAGGAAGGGAAGGCGGCGAUGUUGGAUGGAGGAGCGGUGGAGGGGGUGGUGGGGUUGUUGAGGAAGGAGGAGGUGGAGGAGGAGGAUAGGGAGAUGGUGGUGAGGAUGUUGUAUGGGAUGAGUAUGGCUGGGUUGAGAUUUAGAGGAAUAGCGAGGAGGGCGGGGGUGGAGGAGUUGUUGCAGAGAGUGCGGGAGGGUUUGGAAGGGGAUAAGAGGGAGAUGGUGAGGGUGACGAUUAGGGUUAUAAGGGGAGAGGAGGGGGAGAGGGAGAGAGAUUUGGGGAGGGUUUUGUGGGCGGAGGAGGAGGAGGAGGGGGAGGAGGUGGCGGUGGAGGAGAGAAGUCCGGUGCAUCGCCGGAGGAUGAACCGGGAAUCCGGUCCGAAUUCGGCCGGGUUCUGAGUUCUGGUUUUUCUCUGUCGGUUUCUGUAAUUUUGUUAAUGUUAUUUUAUUUUUAAUUAGUUGAUGUUAAAAAAUAGAUAGGGUCUUUUCGAAUUUCUGGGAUUUUUUUUUUUUU